AAGCCGAGGGACACCAGGACACCAUUAUUCUAGGACUGUAACCUGUUCAGAGAGACACUGGCCACUGGUCUCCGUGGCUUUCUCCAAUUGUGUGAAUGAUGAAAGAAGAAGAAUGCAGCCCCUUGCUGUCUCAGGACACCGCUGGCCAAGAGCACCCACUCACCAGGAAUAGUACACCUACCGCAAAUAUUCCAUGUCCAGCACCCUGGGAGAAUCAGAAGGGGGCCUGGGGCUGCAGAUGCUGUCCUGGAGCAAAGUGCCAGGCCUGGAGGGAAGGCCAGGCCUCCUCUCGCCCUCUUUCCACAGGGAGCAGCUGUGUCAAGUAUCUGCUUUUCCCCUCUAACUUCCUCUUCUCCCUGCCUUCUCUGCUGGCCCUAGCUGCAGGGCUCUGGGGCCUGGCUGUUAAAAGGUCUCAGGGGAUUGGCUGGGAUGGACCCCUGCCGACAGACCCCAUGCUGGUGCUGGUACUGGGAGGCCUGGUGGUCAGCGUGGUGAGCCUGUCUGGAUGUCUGGGUGCUUUCUGUGAGAACAGCUGCCUGUUGCACUGGUACUGUGGGGCCAUCCUCUUUUGUCUGGCACUGGAAGCCCUGGCAGGGGCUCUCGUGGUGACCUUUUGGAAGCCACUGCAGGAUAGCCUGAAGUAUACACUUCACACAGCCAUCAUUCACUACUGGGAUGACCCGGACCUGCGCUUCCUCCUCGACCAAGUUCAGCUGGGGCUGCAAUGCUGUGGGGCAGUAUCCUACCAGGACUGGCAACAGAACAUGUACUUUAACUGCACCUCUCCUGGGGUGCAAGCGUGCAGCCUUCCUGCCUCCUGCUGCAUCAACCCCCAGGAAGAUGGAGCUGUAGUGAACACCCAGUGUGGUUUCGGAGCACUGCACCUGGACCAGAAUGUGGCUGGACAAGUGGUCUUCCUGCAGGGUUGCUGGCCUGCGCUGCAAGAAUGGCUGCAGGGCAAUAGGGGUGUCAUAGGCAACUGUGCUGUGGCCAUUGUCAUGGUCCAAGGGACUGAACUCCUGUUGGCUGCCUGCCUGCUAAGGGCCCUGGCUGUCCAUAAGGCAGCAGAGGACACAGAACCGGGCCCCCUGUGAGCCGCUGGCACUACCCUCCCAACCGAGCCGAGCCAAGAAGACUGCAGCGCAGACCGAGUUCCAAGCUUCUCCGCACCUUCCAGGGAAGGGGCCAGGGCUUCCUCUCCUGGCCCUGGCUUCUUUGCUACAUCUGUGCUAUCAGACCCCAUGGCUCGCCUAGAUAACCUCUGUGCUGCUCCAGUCUCACAGUUUCACUCCUGACUUCUCAGGACCCAGCUAAGCCCAUGGCUGUCUUUUGCAAAGGCCUCCCUGGCAGUCUGUGUCAGCACGUACCUGCCCUGCAUCCGGCUACAUGGUAGGAGCAGCCAGGGCUGGGGUCUUCUGGUUCCAGCCUCACCCAUCUUCCCUGAUCUGUCUCACGCUGACUGGCUCUAGGUCCUCAUUUCAUCACUACUGGCUUCUCAUGGGUCUCUUCUUGCUUUCUGGACUUUGGUGAUAAUUAGGGUAAUGCCCAGGGCACACCCUGUGGAAAAUUUUUUUGUUAGAAGGAAGGCUUUGCUUAUUGGUGUGUCCAUUCUUAUUUGUAUAGUAAACUACAGAUCUCACAA